UUGAAACCACCGCAAUCCACAUACACCUUCUUCUUCGUCGUCGUCUCGUGUCUCCAGUCUCCACGGAUUAUAACAAUGGCACAUCUCAAUGCUGCCGCCUCCGCUUUAUCUGCUUCAUCAGUUCUCGCUCCUCUCAAUCGUAGGGUUGUUAAUUUGGGUAAACUGUUCCACGGUUCUUCUUUGGUUAAAAUUCAUUCUAAUUCGUUGUUCCUUGCGAGUACUCCAAGGAGUAGACAAUUACGUCUUGUUAGUUCUGCAAAUGGGGGAACUGCAGGGAGCAUGGAAGUUUCUCAAGAGGAGGCUGUGAAACCUUAUUCAUGGCCCGAUAAGAAGAGGCCAAGGGUGUGCGUACUGGGUGGCGGAUUUGGAGGUCUAUAUACUGCUUUAAGGUUAAAUUCACUCACAUGGCCUGAUGACAAGAAGCCUCAGGUGAUCCUUGUUGAUCAAUCUGAACGUUUUGUCUUUAAACCCAUGUUAUAUGAGCUUCUAACGGGAGAAGUAGAUGCAUGGGAGAUUGCUCCAAGGUUUUCAGAUUUGCUUGUCAGCACCCCGGUGCAAUUUUUAAGAGACAGGGUGAAAGUCCUCAGUCCAUGCGAUCAUCUGGGAAUGAAUGGGUCCACCGUAUCUGGCUGUGGAGGAUCUGUUCAACUUGAAAGUGGUCUUGUUAUUGAAUAUGAUUGGUUGGUACUUUCUUUAGGAGCUGAACCCAAGCUUGAUAUCAUACCAGGUGCUGUUGAAUUUGCACUACCAUUCUCGACCCUGGAUGAUGCUUGUAAGGUAAAUGACAAGUUAACGAAAUUGGAGCGUGAGAACUUCGGUAAGGAAAAUCCGAUUCGUGUGGUGGUUGUCGGACUUGGUUACUCUGGAGUUGAACUGGCUGCAACAGUAUCGGAACGACUACAGGGUAAGGGAGUUGUGCAAGCAAUUAGUGUUGACUCCUCAAUCUUACCAACUGCUCCUCCUGGAAAUAAGGAAGCUGCUUUGAAGGUCCUCAACUCGAGGAAUGUUCAACUUCUACUAGGGUAUUUUGUCCGCCGCAUAGGAAAAGCAGGUGAUUUCAGGAGUUUUCUGGAGGAAUCAGAUAUUACAGCAAAUGGCAACGAUCCUGAAAAGUUGGUCUUGGAGGUGCAGUCUACUGAAAAAGGGUCAAAAACUCAACUUUUGGAGGCUGAUUUGGUUCUGUGGACUGUUGGGAACAAACCUUUACUUCCUCAACUGGAACCGAAUGCUAGACCCUUUGACCUUCCCGUUACUGCCAGAGGACAAGCAGAAACAGAUGAAACUCUUCAAGUCAAGGGCCACCCACGCAUAUUUGCCGUCGGUGAUUCUUCUGCUUUGAGAGAUCCAAAAGGAAAAUUGCUUCCAGCCACUGCACAGGUUGCAUUUCAGCAGGCAGAUUUUGCUGGUUGGAACAUAUGGGCUGCUAUCAACAACCGUCCACUACUGCCAUUUAGGUUCCAGAAUUUGGGCGAGAUGAUGGUCCUAGGGAGAUUUGAUGCUGCCAUUACACCGAGUUUUAUCGAUGGUCUAACAUUGGAGGGCCCUGUCGGUCAUGCUGCUAGGAAACUAGCCUACUUGAUCAGGUUACCUACUGAUGAGCACCGUGUUAAAGUUGGAAUCAGUUGGCUGGCAAAAUCUGCAGUAGAGUCCAUUGCAUCGGUGCAAAGUAACAUUACCAAAGUUCUUUCAGGCUCUUAAACAGUGGUUUGCACUCUUUUAGUAGAUUCUUGAUCUUUAUCUGGACCGAAAAUGAAAUUUGAUCUUCUGUUCAUAGAAUCACAGUUAUAUAUAACUCAUUUGACAUAUGCAUUUCAAUCCUGAGAUAAAACAAGGUACUAGCAUUUCUUGUGCCAUCAUGACAAUAACAUUGCUCGGUUUUCUAU